UUUAAAUGAAGAACAACAGUAGCUGCUUGCACUGUCUCGGAGAAACUUGGAAGUUACUUUCUGCCUUGAAUUUCUUGGAUAACUUCUUCUAAAGGGCUUCAUAGAAAACACGCAGGGAUAAAAUCAGAAGAAGCAGUAGAAGAACAGUACUGGGUCACAGUAUUGGAUAGAUACCUGAUACAACAUAUAGGAGAAGGAAGCACAGAUGUAGUAAUAUAGAACUCAGUGUCAUUCAGUGACAUUCACCUUCAAGAACAAGAAAUCCUCUUCAAGAUGUUUUUAAGUGACUAGUGUCAAAGAUAUAUACAUAAGACUCUUCCACCCUGACUCAACAUUUCAGGAAAAAUGGUCGAACCUGUAGGCAACCAGUAUGUUGUGGCCAGACCGGUAUACUCAGAGAACUCAUUUGGUGACCAACAUAAAAAAGUGCAUCGAUACCAUAAAACCUUUUUGGAUCAUCUCAAGGAAUAUUUUAGAUGUUCCCCACAAAAGGCCAAGAAUAUUGUCACCAGUUUGUUACCUAUAACUUCUUGGUUGCGGACAUAUCCCUUUAAGGAAUGGCUCCUGAGUGACUUAGUCUCUGGGAUCAGCACAGGGCUCGUGGCUGUCCUGCAAGGUCUAGCAUUUGCUUUACUAGUGUAUGUUCCCCCGGGGUAUGGACUCUAUGCAGCCUUUUACCCAGUUAUAGUCUAUUUUUUCUUUGGCACUUCCAGACACAUCUCUGUUGGUCCAUUCCCUGUUCUGAGUAUAAUGGUGGGAGAAGUAGUUAUGAAGUUAACCAGUGAGAAUAAUUUAAACAGCACUUCAGGAAAUGAAACAGCACUAGAUAACAAGAGGGUAAAUGUGGCAGCAACUGUAACACUCGUUGCUGGAAUUUUUCAGUUGCUUUUGGGAGUACUACAGAUUGGAUUCAUAAUUAUUUAUUUAUCUCAGUCAUUAAUCAGUGGUUUCACUACUGCUGCAGCUAUCCAUGUUGUGGUGUCUCAGUUGAAAUUCAUAUUCCAGCUACCAGUUCAGGGAUGUAAAGAACCAUUAUCAAUUUUCUGUAGUCUGGAAAAGAUUGGUAGGCAGAUCACGGACACAAACAUUGCGGAUCUUGUCACAGCACUCAUUAUCUUGGUCAUUGUGUUUGUGGUGAAAGAAAUUAAUGAGCGAUACAAAGAUAAACUACCAGUGCCCAUCCCGAUUGAACUCUUUGUGACAGUCAUAGCAACAGGUAUAUCCUAUGGCUUUAAUUUCAAAGAGAGGUUUCAUGUUGCUGUCAUUGGAGAACUAAAAAAAGGAUUUGAGGCUCCUGUCGAACUUGAUAUGGAGGUUUUCCAGAGCUGUCUGGGUGAUGCUUUUUCCAUAGCAAUUGUUGGAUUUGCAGUAGCUUAUUCAGUUGCUAAAGUAUAUUCCAUCAAAUAUGAUUAUCCCAUAAAUGGCAACCAGGAAUUAAUUGCCUUUGGACUGAGUAAUAUAUUUGGUGGAGCGUUCAGAGGAUUUGCUGCAAGUACAUCACUGUCAAGAUCAGGUGUACAAGUCAGCACAGGAGGCAAAACACAGAUUGCUGGUCUACUCUCUGCUCUUAUUGUCCUGAUUGUCAUUCUGGCCAUUGGAUUUCUCCUGGAACCCUUACAGAAGUCAGUCCUUGCGGCUCUGGCACUUGGCAAUUUAAAGGGGAUGCUUAUGCAGUUCAAAGAAAUAGGUAUUUUGUGGAAAAAGGACAAAUAUGAUUGUAUGAUAUGGGUUGUGACUUUCCUAUCUACUGUAAUACUGGGGCUUGCUCUUGGACUAGCAGCCUCAGUAGGAUUUGAACUCCUCACCUUAGUGUUCCGCACACAGUUUCCAAAGUGCACUGUUUUGGCUAAUGUUGGAAGAAGCAACAUCUACAAAAACAGAAAGGAUUAUGCAGAUAUAUAUGAGCCAGAGGGAGUGAAGAUUUUCAGAUGCCCAGCCCCACUCUUCUUCGCUAACAUUGACUUCUUUAAGGACAAACUUAUCGCUGCUGUUGGUUUUAAUCCAUUGAGGGUACUGCGCAAGCGCAAUAAAGCUCUGAGGAAAAUCAGAAAGAUGCUGAAGAGAGGAGAGCUGCAAAUGACAGGUAAAUCCUUUAUUUGCACUGUUACUGGUCUGAAGGAUUCUGAUGAAGAACUGGACAACAAUAAAAUAGAGGAGCUGGAUCAGCCAACUAACAUGGCAGACUUGCCAUUUCAAAUUGACUGGAGUGCAGACCUUCCUGCCAACAUCACUGUGCCUAGAAUUGACAUCCACAGCCUCAUUCUGGAUUUCUCAGCAGUAUCAUUUUUUGAUGUUUCUGCCUUGAGAGUCCUCAGAGAGAUUUUAAAAGACUUUAUCCGGAUUGAUGUGGAUGUGUAUAUUGUGGGAGCACACGAUGGCUUCCUGGACAAGAUGGAAAGAUGUGAAUUUUUUGAUGAGGAGAUCAAGCCCUCCAUAUUUUUCCUCACAGUUCAUGAUGCAGUUUUACAUAUUUUGGUAGAAAAGAGUAUACAUGAUUCAAAGUCCAAACCCAUGAAGCCGGAGAUGGGAAGUGGUGAUCAUUUUAUUAUCAAUACAAACGGUGAAUUACGCAACCGGGAACACACGAUGCCAGCAGUAACAAAAUUCUAAUUCUCCCCAAAUUACAUGAUCCAACAACCAGAUUGUCAGCGACAGUAGAUGAACACAGUUGUACAGCACAUGAAGACAGUUGUAGAUAUGCAGAUACAUUGUAUAAGGGACUUUAUUACCUGGGAGUAUGUUUCAAGUUUUGGAACGGGCUUCUUAUACACUACAUAUUUAUGUAUAUAUAUAUGGGUUAAAAUUAUAUUGUUUUUCUGAUUUUCUACUUUGACUUAUCUUUCAUCAAAGGAAAAAAGUAGUUUAAAGCAAUGUAUAUAUGUGUGUGUGUGUGUGUGUAUUCAAACAGUAUAGACAACAGUACAAUAACAAAAGUAUAUACUGUGUUCAUAUAACUGUUUGAAAUCUUGUAAUGUAUAUAGUAUAUUCUUAAUAGUUGACUAUCACAUUGUUUCUUCAAUUUGUACAUGAAAUAUAUUUAAAGUUCUUUUUGGAUCCUAUGAGAUACCUUUAA